AUGACUGAAGAGAUCCCCUCUGCUGCAGACCUCUUCAGACCAAGGCCUGUGACCCAGCCAUGCUGUGCUGUCAGUGUGUCUCAAGACAUCUACUAUCAUCCUCAUUCCCAAAAGCUCAGCCGUGACGUGUGCUGUGAAAUCUUCAAGACUCCUGUUAUUUUAUCAUGUAGUCACAGUGUCUGUAAAGAGUGUCUUCAACAGUUCUGGAGAACCAAGAAAACUCAGGAGUGUCCUGUCUGCAGGAGAAGAUCCUCAAGAGAACAUCCUCCAAUUAAUCUUGUGUUAAAAAACUUGUGUGAGUUGGUCCUGACAGAGAGAAAUGAGACGCGUUCAUCAGGAUCUGAGGAGAUCUGCAGUUUACACAGAGAGAAACUCAAACUCUUCUGUCUGGAGGACAAACAGCCUGCUUGUGUAGUGUGUAUUAAUUCACAAAAACACGACAAUCACAAAUUCAGACCCAUCAGUGAAGUGGUUUCAUCAUAUAAGGAGGAGCUCAAUACAGCACUGAAGUCCUUACAAGAGAAACUUCAACACAAUGAAGAAAUGAAAGGAGAGUUUGAGAAAACAGUUCAACACAUCAAGUCUCAAGCUGAGCACACAGAGCGUCAGAUUAAACAGCAGUUUGAGAAGCUUCAUCAGUUUCUCAGAGAUGAAGAAGAAGCUACAAUCACUGCACUGAGGGAGGAAGAGGAGCAGAAGAAGCAGAUGAUGAAGGAGAAGCUGGAGGAGAUGAACAGACACAUCUCAGCUCUUUCACACACAAUCAAAGACAUGGAGGAGAUGAUGAAAGCCAAUGACGUCUGCUUUCUGAAGGAGUUUCCAGUCUCAAAGGAAAGAGUCCAGAGCUCACAGCCGGAUCCACAGAUGGCUUCUGGAGCUUUGAUUCAUGUGCCGCGUUACUUGGGCAACCUGCCGUUCAGAGUCUGGAAGAAGAUGCAGGACAUCGUCCAAAACACUCCUGUGAUUCUGGAUCCAAACACUGCGAAUCCAUGGCUCGUCCUGUCUGAUGAUCUGACCAGUGUGAGAAACAGCGAGAACAAUCAAACUCUUCCUGAUAAUCCAGAGAGAUUUGACCGGUGUGCCUGUGUUCUGGGUUCAGAGGGUUUUAACUCAGGAACACACUGCUGGGAUGUGGAGGUUAAAGAGAGUUUAGUCUGGAGUCUUGGAGUAACUACAGCAUCAAAACAGAGGAAGGGACCUGAUUUCUUCAACAUUGAUGCCUGGAGUGUGGAAUAUAGUCGGUACGGAUGGACUUUAGGUUCUGGUUUUCGUGUCAAACAGGAUCUUGAUCGUCUGAGAGUGAAUCUGGACUAUGACAGAGGAACGGUGUCAUUCUCUGAUCCUGUAACUAACACACAUCUACACACAUUCACACACACCUUCACUCACACACUCUUUCUAUUCUUCUAUUGUUAUGACUCUUUGAGGAUCUUACCGGUCAAUAGUCAGUAAUCGUUACUCCUGUAGGUCUGGAUCUUCCUGCUUUCAUCAUGUUUCCAAUAUUUAAUCCAGAUCACAUGAGUAAGAGUGCUGUUGAUCUGAAUAUCAGUACGGUGGCUGUGAUUGGGCCGUGAUGAUCACAUGACUGAUAUCAGCACUACAGCAACACUCACCCUGCGUCCCAAUGUCCAUAUUAUCCAUCCUAAAUAGUAUGUGAGAUUAAAAUAAGUGUGUCCCAAAGCAUAGUAUGUUGAAAACAGUAUGUCAAAAGUCCCUGGAUGGUCUACUAUUUCCGGUUGAUUUCGAAGUGUGGAUCCGUGCACACUAUAAAGGCUAAUAUUGCCCACAACCCAUCGCGUUUUGAAUGAGGAUUCAGUUCAGAACUACAAACAUGAGUAAAAAGUGUUAAAAAACUACAAAACAUGGCGGACAUGCACAACUAUAUAACAUUAUCCAUUUUAUAUUUCAUCUGCAAUACCAAUGUAGACUUUUAUAAAUAUCCUAUUGGCCAUUAACUUUUAAAUGCAUCAUUAUGCAUUAAUAUGGGAAGAGUUCUCCACAUGAAAGACCCGCGACUGCAGAUCAACGUGCUGCAUUUCUCUCUGAUACGGUAGGAAAUGAACUAAAUGAA